GGAGCGGUUGCGGGGCCCAGCAGUUUGCUGCCUGGUGGCUUGGCCAACCUGACAUCCUGGCGACCUCCACGCACCGAGAAAGUGUUCCGGGCACCCGCGGCUCCAUGGCUGCGUCAGCCCGAGGCUCCAUCGACGUGAGUCUCGUGGUGGUAGUCCAUGGUGGCGGAGCCAGCACCAUCUCGGCCGACCGGAAAGAGCGGGUGCGCGAGGGCAUAGCCAGAGCAGCCACCGAGGGCUACAACAUCCUCAAGGCCGGAGGGAGCGCGGUUGAUGCUGUGGAAGGAGCCGUGACUGUCCUGGAAAACGACCCAGAGUUCAACGCAGGCUGUGGGUCUGUCCUGAAUGUGAAAGGUGACGUUGAGAUGGACGCUAGCAUCAUGGAUGGGAGGGACCUGUCCGCAGGAGCAGUGUCUGCCGUGCGCUGUAUCGCAAAUCCCACGAAGCUUGCACGGCUUGUUAUGGAAAAGACACCUCAUUGCUUUCUGACUGGCCAUGGUGCAGAGAAAUUUGCAGCAGACAUGGGGAUUCCAGAGACUCCUGUAGAAAAACUGAUAACGGAGAGAAGCAAGAAGCACCUGGAAAAAGAGAAGCUUGAGAAGGGGGCCCAGAAAGCUGACUGCCCUAAAAACUCAGGAACGGUGGGUGCUGUUGCCUUGGACUGCAAAGGAAAUUUGGCCUAUGCCACCUCUACUGGAGGGAUUGUCAAUAAAAUGGUCGGCAGAGUUGGAGACUCACCUUGCAUAGGAGCUGGAGGUUACGCAGACAAUAACGUUGGCGCCGUCUCAACCACAGGGCAUGGAGAAAGUAUCCUGAAGGUGAAUCUGGCCAGACUCGCCCUCUUUCAUGUAGAACAAGGAAAGACCGUAGAAGAGGCUGCUGAGUUGGCGUUGAAUUAUAUGAAGUCAAAGCUCAAAGGUCUAGGUGGCCUCAUCUUGGUGAGCAAAACAGGAGACUGGGUAGCAAAGUGGACCUCUGCCACCAUGCCCUGGGCAGCGGUGAAGAAUGGCAAGCUGCAGGCCGGCAUUGACCUUUGUGACACCAAGACCAUGGACCUGCACUAAACCCCAGAAGAUUGUAAUCUGCCUGCUAGGCUGGCAGUGAGGUUGAGCUGCCUGGUGUGGAGACCUAGCUCAAUCAAUUAGAUGUAGACAUGGAAAACUAACGCCGUCUGUCCCUCCUUUUGUUCCCUUGAUCAGUGAGGCAAUGAAUGUUUGGUUGAGGGUCAGAUUCUGAAGCGAUGAGAUGCCUGUGUUAAGACAGUAAAUAUGGGAGCCUUAGGGAGCCCCUAUUUCCCAGUCUCCAUCAUGCAAGGCUAGAAGGGAGCCGCUAGAUUUUGACCUCAGAACUGCUUUUGGGCUGAGAGAACAGCAACUUGCAGAGGCUAGCUUGGGAGGUAUGGGAGGAAGGGCUGAAGAAAGGUGUUAGAGAGAAAGACCCAAGUCAGGUGAAGCUCAAAAUGUUGCAGAGUUCAUUCUGAGACACAAGAACACCUGGCAAGAUGUGCAGGGAGGAGUUCUUUAUCUGUGUGGGGGAUUGGAACUUUCUAGAACAGAACACUCAAACUUCUCCAACACGUAUCUGGGUACUUGAGUCUCCAUGGUUGCCCGAUCUGUAGCCUAAUGGAGUCUGUGAAGUUUCUGAAUGUCUUGGGUUUUUCUUGGCCCACAGAUGAGCUCCCAAAGCCAGCCCCACCUGACCCCAGUUCAAGUUGUCUUCACAUGGGCUUGAUUAGGCUCGUGACCUUUCCCACUUCUCCAGCAGUGAGCGGGUUGGCAGGUGGCUGGAGAGAUGACACUGGCUCACUGAGGGAGUAGACUGCCAAUACUUUGGGACAGUCCUACACACGCUGAAUCAAAUGUUCAGGGCGGUGAGAAUGACGCAGAGAGCAGUCUCCUCAAUGGAGAACGCCCCGUGCACUGGUCAUCACUCUGGAAAUGGCAUGUCUGCUGUGCUAUGUUGGCUCAGCUUUUUAGUCUAUCGGA